AUGUGUUUUUUUAGCAAUGAUGCUCUUCAUGAAAUAUCUCAAAACAUCCGUUCAAUGAUGGAAGAGCUAUGGCUUAAUUGGUCACAUUUAGGAGUAGAAGACAGUACAAAGAUAACCAACAUAACCAAGCUUGUGCAGAUUGAGAAGGAACUUCAUAGGGAUGUGAUUUUGGAAACGAGACAGAAACUUAUAAAGAUUCAAAAAGAAGUAGACAAGUUAAAAGAAGAAACUGAAGAGCUAAGCAGAUGUUUGUCAGUUGACAUUACAAUACUGGACUUCAAAGAAGACAUGAUGCUGGUUGAAUACAAAAGAGAAUUAGAAGAACAAAUUGCAGGAGAACAAAUGGAACAGCGGCGCAUGAAGAUGGAACGUCUGCUGGAAUGGCAACGCGACCUGGCUGACAAGCUCGGCAUCACCAUCCAGGAGUUGCAGGAGGUUCCACUGCCCUCUGAGGAGGAGCUUGACCGGUUGAAAGAGCACCUUGAAGUCUUACAAGCAGAGAGAGAUAAGAGAGCUGAGACAUUUUUGCACACUCAAGUUGAGAUUAAAGAUAUAAUGGACAAACUGCAAAUCAAGCCACAAAACAAAUUUGAACACAUUGUUGUUACUUCUCUAUCUGUGGACUUCAAAGUGACCGAUUUGAACAUGGACCGCCUCGCCAAGCUUCAGCAGGACUUGCAAGAGAAAUAUGAGCAGACUAACAACAGGGUGUUAGAACUACGUGAACGGCUCACAAAACUGUGGGAAUGUUUGGAGGAAGACCGCGUUUAUUGUGAGAACUUCCUUCACGCUCACCCAGGCUGCCAUCCUCAAACAGAGGCUGCUAUCAAAGAGGAGAUCAAGAGAUGUGAACAAAUUAAACGCCAGAAGAUACAGGUAUUUGUAGCAAAUGUGCGUACUAAAAUCAAGUUAAUGUGGGACAACGUAAUGUAUUCAACGCAUGAGCGAGAUGAGUUUGCUCACUACUACCAAGACAUAUUCACUGAAGACACCCUCACAUUGCACGAACUGUAUCUAGAGAAGAUUACGAAGUUCUACAAUGAGCACAAGGCUAUUGUUGUAGUUAGCGACCUGUGCUUUGGGCAUACUAAAACACGUGUUCCUCAAUUUAAAAUACAGCAGGUUACAAUACAAACAUCUGGGACACAGUCCUCGACUGCUGCGGAUGUUAACACAAACCUCUGGUCUAAGAUGAACGAGUUAGAAGCGCGAGCAUCAGAACCCGGCCGGUACAACAAUCGCGGCGGGCAGCUCCUCAAGGAGGAACGAGAACGGAAGGUCAUCGCCAGCAACUUGCCGAAGAUUGAAGCGCAACUGAAAGAGCUCGUCGUCGAAUACGAGGCAAAGACUGGAGGCACUUUCACCGUGGACGGAAAACCAGUACUACAAGUGAUUGAAGAAGAUUGGGAGAACAGAAAAAUGGAACGUCAGAACAAGUUAUCCGCCCGCAAGCAAGCCUUGACUCCGCAGACUCCUUCGUUAAGAUCUUUAGCCACGUCGCCUUUAGGGAAACGGAAUCGCACCGCCGCAGGACUCGCGGCCACCGCAGAAAGGAACAAGCCGCCUUCCAAGCGGCAACUAAUGACCGGGAGCGCUACGAAGGCAGUUACAACGUUCUCGAACAACCUGUCCGCUCUCAAGAGAUCCGCUAUAUCUACUGUUAAGAGGCGUAUAAGCGGUCGUUUAGCGGCGCGAGUGGUGGCAGAAGGCAAACCGGAAAACGCCAAACGGAAGCUGGACUACGGACUAAGGACUCCCAAGGCCACUGUCAAUGGCAGUAUAUUGAAACAUAAGCGUACAUCUCUGGGUAAACGCAAGAGUAACAGUCGUCGUUCCACAAACGCCACACGCUCUACCGCCUCCAACGAUAACGAAGAGGCGCCGCCUAAAGACCCGCUUAUGGAAUCCACGCUUCUCACCACUUACACUGACUUCAAGUCUCUGAGUAAACGCAAGAGUAACAGUCGUCAUUCCACAAACGCCACACGCUCUACCACCUCCGAGGAGGCGCCGCCUAAAGCCCCGCUUAUGGAGUCCACGCUUCUUACCACUUACACUGACUUCAAGGUAAAUGAACAUAAAUAUUUUUUCAAUAUAGAUUUUACUCCGUCCUUCCACCACAGUCUCUUGAGUAAACGCAAGAGUAAUGGUCGUCGUUCCAUCGACGCCACACGCUCUACCGCCUCCAACGAUAACGAGGAGGAGGGCAUCAGCGAGAAGCAAAUGUGCCGCAGCUCAAUGGCGACUUCUAAGCCUCCGGAAACCGUAUUACCGGCCAUCGUAUUCUCCAGCAUCGAAGAGAGGAAAACGCCGACGACACCAAGAACCAAACCUAAAUACCCCACACCUUUGACGCCUAAAGUAGGAAAAGAAAACAUCAUCAAUCAACAAGUAAACGUGCCGGGUACUCCCAAGAGCAACCUUCUUUACACCCCAACAAGACUUACUAGAUCUGCUUUAAAACUGGAUAAUAAUGGAUUUGCGACCCCAAGAGCUCCCCUUAGUGCUAACAAAGUUAAUUUACAAAGACAGAACACAAUAAGCAAUAUGCAAGUGAAAACUACACCGAAUAGCGUUAGUCGAUCCAAGUCGCAUACGCAUUUAGUGCGUGUUAAGAAUCUUCCGCCUUUGAUAUGAAGACUGAUUCGUAAGUUCUAACAUUUAUCAUGUCGUAUUUUUUCUUUUAAUAAUCGUCUGAAUUUCAGUCUCGAAUGCAGGGGAAAAACAUCUUGAUUUUAACACUAAUUGAAAAUAUUAAAUAUCAGCUGUGUUAUACUAAAGUUUAUUAUCUUGGUAUCAUGCAACGCAAAUUAAUGCAAUUACUCCGACAAAAAAUAACAUGUAACAGUCAUUUAAAAAAGUGUCUGACUGAGAGAAAUGCAACUCUAGCACGACAUGACAAGAAAGACAAUUAUUUGAGUUUUAAAUUAUGAAUCUGUUUAAGUUUUACGAAUUUGAGCUUUAUAAUUCAAGCGAUAGUGUCGAUUUUAAAUUGGUUUCAUUUAAAGCUCUGCUGUACUUUAAACACUAGUAUACUACAUUUGGUAUGGUGUUAACUUAUGACCACUAUUUUUAAUGAAGUGAAUAUUACUAUUGUGUUGUUUAUUUAUGAUUGUUCGGUUGGCUCGUUCACAAAGGUAAAGAAUUUUCUUGUGCCUACACUUUGUCAUUAUUAUAAGCUUAUAGAAAAAGAGACCAAAUUCUCUUUUGUGAACAAGACGGCUGUGGAAAGAAUAAAAUCAAUGUGGUUAAAGUUUGAAAAAAUAUUUUAUUAAUUGAAAAGUUCUCAAUUAUGAAAGUACAAUAAUAAAAGUAGAUUUUUGUGAUAUAUAAUUUCUUUAGUAUUAUAAUAGGUUUUUUAAUCAUAACUGACCAAUUAAUAAUGAUAGUAUGUUUUUAUUGCAAUUUUAUAAUUAUUUGCUCAAUAAAUCUUCAUUAUGACAUUUUGAUAUUGUAACACGACUUUUUUAAUUUUACUGUAUAUUUGAAUCUCUUAUUCAGUUUGAAAUAAAG